AUGUCUUCUCCGCCACCUACAAAACCUCCCCGAGGCGUAAAACAGGGAAAAGAAACGAGUGGUCUCCUUAUGUCUGUCAUUCGGACAUUAUCAGCAAGUGAGACAAAUGAGCAGCGUGAAAAAGAGAGGGCUAAAUUGGAAAAGGAGUACAAAAAGAUUGAUGCAAGACUUGAUGAGCUGGUUGCAGCACAUUCUCAAGAAAUUACCGAAGUUAUGCAGAAAUUCACCAGUGUAGGUGCAGCUCUAAGUGUUUGGGGUGCGCAUAGUGCGGCAGCUGCGGCCAGGCUAGCGGCGUGCAGAGCGCUGCUACGCCUGCGUCGUGCCGAUCUGCGCCGUCUGUGGGCAGACGCUAGAGCCCACCACCACGCUCUACGAAUGCUUGCUGAUAUCGAAAGGGUGGUGGUGUCGGAGAGGUGUUGCCGCGAGCUGGCGAGCGCCGGCCGCGUCCUGGCCGCCGCCCACGCACUGCAGGCGGCGCUGCACACGCAACGUACGGAGCUGCCGCACGUGCGCGCCCUCUCCGCCACCGCGGACAGCCUGCAGGCCAAAAAGCUGGAGCUGGUGGAGCAGAUAGUGCGACGGCUGGGUGAAGCGGUGUACAGAGGGGAGCGCGCGCCCUUGACCAGGCGCCUGUCCGCCCGCAGGCGCACAGCUCUACUGCUGGCAGAGCUGACGAAGACCGAAGACGUGACCGACGCGUACUUGCAAGACAUCACCCCGGAGUUCGAGGCGUCGCUGUCCGAAGAGGACAAGACGUUCGAGACCACGGUCAUGAUAUCGCUGGAGGCGCUCGGGGUGUUGGAGCAGUUGAAGGAGGCCACUGAGAAGUUCAAAGUGCAAAUACAAACGGAGCUGCUGGAGGUGAUCGAUUCGGUGUCGCGGCGAAUAAUAGAGGACGGCGACGCGGAGGCGGAGGCGGAGCCCGAGUGCGAGGAGGACGGCGAUAUGGCCGAGAGCGAAGGAGUGACGGAGACGGGGCGACCGCUGGCGAAGCUGGUCGCCUGCCUGAGCGAGGAGUUCAGGGCUUGCGGCGCCAGGAACAAAAGGCUAUUGCAGUUGUGGCGUGCUGCCCUCCAGAAGUACCGAGUGCCCGACACAACUCUUCACACCGAGCAACACUACUGGAGUGCUGUGCAGCAAGUCCUGCAGCUGCUGCUGACGGAGUACCUGGAGAUCGAGAGCGUGGCGCUGGCGGCGUCGCGCGGCGCCGGCGCGGGCCCGGCCGGGGAGCCGCCCGCCGACCUGCGCCUCACCGACUUCUUCGCCAAGAAGCGCCCGCCGCGCCGCCGCGCCAAGCUCUUCCGGCUGGCAGCGCCAGUGCCUAGCAGCCCGAGCGGCGCGCGGCGGCAGCGCUAUCCUCUGGUGUGUCGGCCGCAGCCCUGCUUGCUGCACGCCGCUCUGCCAGCCCUGCACCCGCUCUGCGCGCACAUCGAGUCCCUUCCCGGCGGGGGCGAGUGCUCGCUGCGCGCGUUCAUCACGGACUACGUGCGCUGGGGCGAGAGCGAGCGUUUGGCGUUGGAGGCGAGGGGCGCCAUCGAAGCGGCCGCCAAGGCGCCGGCCGCUUGGCGGGAGCGCACCGUGCCGACCGCCGCCGCCGGUGUUGCCAGCGACCGGCGCAACGUGUCCGUGUGCGCCCUGGCCGGGUGGGAGGCGGUGGCCGAGUGCGCGGCAGGGGCGCGCCGCUGCGGCCCGUGCGGCGGCGGCGCAGCGCUGCGGGCCGUCAGCGCCGCCUUGGCAGCCCUGGCGGCGGCGGCCAGAGCGGCCCACGCUAGGCUGCAGCCCGGCGGCGCCUCCAGGGCUGCACGCUGGUUGGCCGACGACGACAUCGUCCGAUUUUUGCAGUCCCUGCCCAACUACAGCGCGGCGGUCUCGCAGGCGACCCACACCAGCCAGGAGUUGAAGCAGUCGUAUGAACGCGAGGCAGAGAUCCUGGGUUCAAGUCUCGGCGAUGGAGAGGUGGCGCGACGCGAAAUCGUCAGUGACAUCAACGUACUCGCAGAUUUGGCACUCUUAUGUGAAAGCAUGGAUUGGCUUAGUGCCAACGUCAAAACACUGCCGAGUUUCGUCUCUGCGCCGACGUCUGCUGGUACUUCUUUGAAACUCACGGAAAAGUUUUCCAGUGAGGUCUCCUCUGCCGCCGCUGUUUUCGAGGACAUAUCGCACAAGUGCUUACUCUUUUUGCACUUGGAAAUGCGGAUCGAGUGCUUCCACUACCUGGGGCAGGAGGAGCGGGAGGGGGGCGUCGAGGGGGAGGCGGAGGGGGCGGGGGGAGCGGCGCAGCUGGCCCAGGCGCUGCUCGCCUUCCACGAGAGGGCGGCCGCCACACUAGCGCCACCACGCCGAGCGUACAUAAUGAACGGGCUGGGCGAGAUGAUGUCGGCGGCGGUGGUGUGGCGCUGGCAGACGGAGCGCGGCGGCGCGGCGGCGGCGGCGGGCGCGGGCGCGCGGCUGGCCGCGCUGCGCCACUGCCUCGCCGCGCUGCAUCUGCCGCACCACGGGCUGCACGCCGCCCACGCCUACCUGCACCUGCUCGCCUGCACGCCCGAGGAAAUAAUAACGUCCGUCCGCGAGAAGGGGCCGCAGUUCUCCGAGCUGGAGUACCUGAACGCGUUCAAGGUGAUAGGCGCCAGGCGAGGGUUGCCCGCCGCGGACAUGCGCGCGCACCUGCAACGCCUCGCCGCCGCCCUGGGCCACGUCGGUGUUACCGUC